UGAAUCUACCUUCAAUUGGAUGCGAUCCGCCAACACAAUUCCGAAGAAGAAGACAUUCAGGGCCGCAUCCAGAGGUAAAGAGGUCGGACAGACUGUCCUAAAUAAGUUUGGGAGAGAGACCGAAGCGGCACAAUGCUGAUGAAAUAAGGUUGGGUGCUUUACGGAUCCAUCAUAACAUGGUCUGAUGGGAUGGCUUCUAAGCUAUUGGACAGACUGCGACGGACACUGUUCAAAGAAGGAGAAGUAGUUGCUAGGGAGUCAAUUGAUGUACCAGAGGACAGCUUCCCAGAGAGUUCUGAGUUAGAGGAUGACACAGAGUGUCUCUCAGAGCGGCUUGGGGGAACACUCUGCUUCGAUGGGGAGAGAGCCAUGGAAUCAGAAGACCCAGGUGGGGCCUCAGGACCAGACAGUGAUUCAGACUUCCUUGGAGAGUCCGUAGAGGAUGGAUUCAGCAGCACAGACACCAGCCCAGUGGGCCUGUCUCCUGGAGGCUCAUCCCUGCUGACAUGUCAGCUGCAGGAGAGCUGGAGGAGCUUACAGAGCUGCAGUGUGCCUGAGAAGCUGGUGUUUGAAGUGACUGAUGCCAGUGUGGUGCCAGAGAGCUCCUCCAAGUAUGUGCUCUACACCAUCCAUGUAAUCCAGUCUGGGAUGUUUGACAAAACCCCGGCCGUCAUCACCCGGCGAUACACCGACUUCGAGCGUCUGCACAGCCGCCUUCGCCGUCGUCACGGGGACCACAUGGAGCGUGUCUGUUUCCCCCGCAAGAGGCUGCGCAAGAACUUUGUGGCAGAGACCAUCGCCAAGCGGAGCCGGGCGUUUGAGCAGUACCUGGCCCACAUGCACUCGCUGGCUGAGCUGCGGCGUUCUGCCACCUUUCUGGAGUUCUUCUACCUGGGUGACCUGCAGGCUGGCCAGAUGCUGAUGCGUGUGGGCCGUUACCAGGAGGGCCUAGGCCCUCUGCUCAACGGCCUGAGGCUCCAGGAGAAGCUAGGCUGUGAGCAGCAGGGGAUACAGCAGCCUCACCACCAGCAGCGCACCCACUGGCUCUUCACCCUGUUGGCCCUGGUGACCUGCUUCCAGGAGCUGGAGCAGCUGGGGGAGGCCCAGGAGUACUGUGACCGAGCCCUGAGGGACCUGGCCCCCUCACAGGAGGCCCUGCAGCAGCACCUCUUUCACCCACUGCUCAUCCCUCUCCUCCAGACCAACGUCAGAUUGUCGUGGAAGAUCUCCAAGGAUAAGCGGCGGUGGGAGGUGCUGCUACAGGAGAUCCAGGACUCUGGGGCUGAUGUAGGGAACCAGCCCAGCUUGAAGGAGUACCUGAUGAAGGAAAACCUGGUGGAGAGCGAGGGAAACACUAAGGCCAAGGUCAAACGGGACGACACCACUUAAACCGAAGAUAAUGGUACUCCAGUUAGUUAUGAGGAAUGCACUUCAUGUAGCCUUGCAAUGAGGUAUUUGGUCUCUUUUGACAUGUAUUUUCUACAGCAGUCUGGACUGUUAGCCAUUCUAAUAUAUACACUCAACUGACCAAGUCAUACACAAUAAGCAGAAAACAAUCACAUUGUAUAGAAUGUCUCUAAAGUUCCAAGUAUUCACUUAGCUUUACCUUGUAAAUUGAAAACACUAAAGUUAUUUCAAUCGUUAUAUUUAUGAUACAGCUGCUUUGUAGCAAAUACUAAUAUUUUUAUUAAACAUUGUGUUUUUCCAGGUCAAUAUUUCAAGUACUGCUGCUUUUAAAAGCUUUUUAUUUUAAUUAUGCCAUUCAGAAUCUUGAUGUGAGUGGAUGAAUAACUUUUAGGAUAAAAAGGAUCACAGUUCAUUUUGAUAAGGGAACAGGGAUUUUCAAAGGCACAUUUUCCACUAACUAAUUUUCUACCUGUUUACAUUGUGGGUGUUAUUUGCUUGUUUACACAGUAAAGAAUUAAGGGAAAACAAUACGAUGUCUGAGCUCUUGACAAAGCACUCCUAAAUCUGUCAAGGAAUUUUAAUCAACCUUAGGGAAUUGUUAAUAGCCCAGAUUAUUCAGAGAAUGUGUUUUAUUGAUAUGCUUCGAGUAUGCAGUCUCUGUACCUUUUUAGAUUUGAGUCAGUAUAGACUUACAUGAGGGAAAAGCAUGUUAGUCUACGUUGAGUUCCAAUUCUCAGAUUUGGUCCCCUUCAUAUGCCAUAAGGGGGAGUGAGAGGGCACAGGGAGGGAGCCAAUUCACAGCUGGAAGUGUGUGAGAAUGUUUUAGACAAGAGGUAUGCUGGAACGGUGUAUUUUUGCCACAUUAACUGAAAUAGGUCCUGUAUUACAGAGCACAGUAACCAUGCGAUUUUAAGUGCAAAAAAAAAAGGUACUUUCCUACUCUGUGAAAGAAUAGGCUGUAGUUGUCGUACUUUAAUUGCUUGAGUGACAAUUCCAAACGAAUGUAAACAUGUUAGCCUAGAUUAAAAUACUAAGCACUUGCAACAACGCAUUUCAAAGUGCCUGCCUCUUUUUGUUUUAUAUUGUGAACUCUAGCCUUAACUCUACUUAUCCAAAUCCUAUUUUUCAGAGUACAUCCUCAGUUAUGACCUUUGUCUAUGUAUUAACUUUUUAAUAUUAUUGGAAUAUAUUUUGCUGAAUAAAUCUAUCCUAAAAAUGUA